UCGUAUUAUAAAAAAGACAAAAAAUUGCAAAAUUGAAGAUACAAAGAAAGCUGAAUAUUUAUCAUCAACAGAUACUACAAAUCUUAUUCAAAAGGUCCAUGCUACUAUUUACCUUUUUUUAGAUGAAUUAUGGCAAAUACCAAAUGAAAUCUCUUUGGUAGCAACAAUAUUAGAUUUAUGA